CAAAUUCUUUCGUGAGUCCAUUUUCAGUGAGAGAAAUGGAUUUGGAGUCGGUGAAGAGAUUAUUAGAGAAAGGGGGAGAUGAGCGUGAGAAUGCCUCGAUCGAUUCAGUGUCCAACAAAACGAAAUUCUUCGACCCUUUUAUCUUGCAAGGCAUUCAAGUCGAUGUCAUCGAACCUGGUCGAGUCGUCUGCUCCAUGAAAGUUCCUCCUCGUCUUCUGAAUUCUGGUAAUUUCCUUCACGGUGGAGCGACGGCAUCUCUGGUAGAUAUAGUUGGAUCAGCAGCAAUCCAUACCGUUGGAGCUCAAACAACCGGUGUUUCUAUUGAGAUCAGUGUUUCCUACUUGGAUGCAGCUUUUGCUAAUGAAGAAAUUGAAAUUGAUGCCAAAGUCUUACGUGUUGGAAAGGCAAUUGGAGUUGUCAAUGUUGAGCUGAGGAAGAAAAAGACAGCGAAGGUAUUUGCGCAGGGACGUCACACUAAGUAUCUUGCUGUAUCUAGCAAUUUAUAAAGGGUUUAUUACCUUUUCGGUUACAUGUUUAAACUUAUCAUGUUUGAGCUAUCUCCAUUGCAAAAGGAAGAUGUGGAUUGGUGAACCAAUAAUAUAUCUCAUAAUCAUGUGCUGAUGGGUAAAUGCUCGCAUGCUCUGAUGUGAGAAGUGCCAAUGACAUUGUUAUUAGGAUUUGAUCCCACACAAACCAGUAUUGACAUAAUUUACAUCUCCAGUCUGUAAGCAGGAGUAAAGCCAAAGUAACUUAAUUGAUGACUUCUAUUGUUG